CCUUUGGCCUAUAAAUGCUAGCGAUCGGAGUCGUCCUCUGGUUUGUCUCGGGUACCUGUGGCUCGUAUCGGAGACGUGAAAGCGGAGCAGAUUCCAAGCAAAGCCUUGGGCUCCUCAUGGACUCCACGGCAUCGCGAGGAGAAGCCAAGCAAGAGACUAGCGAGGUGGGGAAGGGGUCGCCCUCGAGGCUAAGGGCCUUGUCCCCUUUCCUUCUAGUGUUAGGGUUUAUCAUCGCCCUGAUCGCCUUUGUCCUCCAAUUCUCGUCAAAGAAGCCGCUCCAACCGCGGCUGUGGACUGUCGAAGAGUUAGCUUUGUAUAAUGGAACGAAUGAGGCAUUACCGAUUCUAUUAGGAAUACUCGGUUCGGUAUUUGAUGUUACGAAAGGGAGAUCGCAUUAUGGUCCAGGAGGAGGCUACCAUCACUUCUCUGGAAGAGAUGCAUCACGAGCAUUUGUUUCUGGAAACUUUACAGGUGAUGGAUUGACCGACUCAUUGCAUGGUCUAUCUAGUGCAGAGGUAAAUAGUGUUGUUGACUGGCGGAAAUUUUACAUGGAAAGAUAUAUAUAUGUUGGUAAACUUGUUGGCCGCUACUAUGACAGCCAAGGUAAUCCGACAAAAUAUUUGAAGGGCGUUGAAGCAAAGGCCAGACGGGGAGCUCAGCUUUUGGAGAAACAGAAAAUUGAAGAGGCUAAAAUUCCGAGUUGCAAUUCAAGAUGGAGUGAACAAGAUGGAGGAAAGGUUUGGUGUGACACGGGAUAUCCAAGGUUAGUAAAGAGACCUGUAGAUAUAGCCCUGACUGGAAAAAUCAGCCAACGGUGUGCGUGUUUUAAAGAAGAGGAGCUUGGCCAGCCAGGAUUGGAGGUAUAUAAGGGCUGUGAUUAUUUGUCCAAAGUUUGCUUAGUUUAAAUCCUUUGACUCAUGCUUUUCUGGUUUUCCUUGUAUGCUCAUCAGUUCAUAUUGUUAUCAUUAUCUGAGAUCAAUGUGUUGUUGUAGAACUUGAGCUACUGGUUGAUAUAAUAGAUAUUAGAAGACCAUCAUUCAGGGCUGUUACAAUUCAGAUCAA